GGAGCCAGGGGGUGUGGCCAACGUGACAAGAGGCGGGGCCUGGGAGGGUCUUGAUGACUGGGCGAUCAGGCGGUGCUGCGGGCAGCCCGCGACAAGGCCGGGAAGAUGGCGGCCUCCUGGAGGCUGGGCUGUGACCCUCGGGUGCUACGCUACCUCUUGGGCUCCGGCGGCUGCCGAAGAUUGGGGCUGGUGAGGGGCGCUUCCGGAUGGUCUUUCGGUCGCGGAGCUAGUUGGAGAUGGCUUCACAGCACGCAGUGGCUGCGGGUUGAUCCCAUUAAGAUACUGAUGCCAUCGCUGUCUCCUACAAUGGAAGAAGGAAAUAUUGUGAAAUGGCUAAAAAAGGAAGGUGAAGCUGUGAGUGCUGGAGAUGCCUUAUGUGAAAUAGAGACUGACAAAGCUGUGGUUACCUUAGAUGCAAGUGAUGAUGGCAUCUUGGCCAAAAUAGUGGUCGAAGAAGGAUCUAAAAAUAUACGGCUAGGGGCACUAAUUGGUUUGCUAGUUGAAGAAGGAGAAGAUUGGAAACAUGUUGAAAUCCCCAAAGAUGUAGGUCCUCCAUCACCAGCUUCAAAACCAUCAGUGCCUUGCCCCUCGCCAGAACCACAGAUUUCUACUCCUGUCAAAAAGGAACAUAUACCGGGAAAACUGCAGUUCCGUUUAAGUCCAGCUGCCCGUAAUAUUCUGGAAAAACACUCCCUGGAUGCUAGCCAGGGCACAGCCACUGGCCCUCGGGGGAUAUUCACUAAAGAGGAUGCUCUCAAACUGGUCCAGUUGAAAGAAACGGGCAAGAUUACUGAAUCCAGACCCACCCCAGCCCCUCUAGCUACUCCCGCAGUGCCUCUGCCCCCACAGGCCAUGGCCAUGCCACCAUACACACGGCCGAUGAUCCCACCGGUCUCAACUCCUGGACAACCGAAUGUAGUGGGCACAUUCACUGAAAUCCCUGCUAGCAAUAUUCGAAGAGUUAUUGCCAAGAGGUUAACUGAAUCUAAAAGUACUGUACCACAUGCCUAUGCUACUACUGACUGUGACCUUGGAGCUGUUUUAAAAGCUAGACAAAGUCUGGUCAGAGAUGACAUUAAAGUAUCAGUAAACGAUUUUAUCAUCAAGGCAGCAGCUGUUACCCUUAAACAAAUGCCAGAUGUUAAUGUAAGCUGGGAUGGAGAGGGCCCAAAGCAACUGCCCUUUAUUGACAUUUCAGUGGCUGUGGCAACAGAUAAAGGUUUAAUUACGCCAAUCAUAAAAGAUGCUGCCGCUAAGGGUAUACGGGAAAUUGCUGACUCUGUAAAGGCUCUAUCAAAGAAAGCGAGAGAUGGAAAACUGUUACCUGAAGAAUACCAAGGCGGAUCUUUUAGUAUUUCCAACUUGGGCAUGUUUGGCAUCGACGAGUUUACUGCAGUGAUCAACCCUCCUCAGGCCUGCAUUCUGGCCGUCGGGAGAUUCCGGCCUGUGCUCAAGCUCACGCGGGACGAAGAGGGGAAUGCCCAACUGCAGCGGCACCAGCUCAUAACGGUCACCAUGUCAAGUGACAGCCGGGUGGUGGACGACGAACUGGCUACCAGCUUUACCACGAUCAGCACGUCAACUGGCCUGAAAUUGGGUGCUGAUUUAAAUACCCAGUCACAGAAAGGCUUGUGUUGGUGUCUGCUACCCGGAAUCCCCAGAAAGCAGACCACGUGGUUUGACAGCACACUGCCUACGCUCUAACCGAAGAGCUUCUAAAACCAUUGGAGCCCCAGUAUAUCAGCUGUUAAGAAUAUGCUUAAUCCAAUUACUCUUUACAAACUGUGUUUUUCAAAGCAGUCUUAAAAACCUUUGUCAUAUUAACAGUUACACUAAAAAUUGUCCCCAAAUGCUCUUUUCAAAGUACCUCUUGCAAGUUAUGUUACUCUCAGUUUUAACUGAAAUUAUUUGUUUUCUAUUAAUUUUUAUAUCUGAGGAAUAGAACUUGAGACAGCCAUAAGCACUGGCGUGGAGCUCUGUUUUCCGUAGACGGACAUGCGUACAUGGUAAUGCACCUGUUUCCCCGGCAGGGAGCUGGGCGCUCGUAGCCACCACUGCCUGCCUUGGAAAGUCGGGAACUGCACAGCAGAAAUACCGUGUACGCUUGAGGCAUUUUGAUUUUUCAUGGGUUCACCUCGCAGCUUUUGGUACAAAUUCAUUCCGACUAGAAGCGUUUUCUCUAAUACUUACACUAAUUAUGUAAGGAAAUUGGCCGUAGCACUGAUCUGAGUAACGCGGUUUGGGUUAUUCUGGAGAAUGAGCUCUAUGCUGUUUGGGCAGGCUCUGUCCUCCAGUUUUUAUAGAUACAUAUAUAUAUAUAUAUAUGUGUAUGUGUGUGUGUGUGUGUAUAUAUAUAUAUGUAUAUAU